AUGGCAGACCAACCAGAGCUCGUCUUGAUAUCGGUCACCACCUCAACUACCGACCGCACUGACGCCCUUCUACCCGGCACAGAUGUGCACAACUCACAAUACAACACCGAACACGCCUGGGAGAUCCUCGAUAUCACCAUUGAGGGAGACGAUGGUCAACAGGACGAGGUAGAUACGGAUGUUCAUUACUGGACAAGGGCUACGGAGACGGCGGAGGAUUAUUAUGCAGGAGUUUACGCAGUCGAGCCAUCGCAGCUUACUACCAAACGGAAGUCAAGGUUUGAGCCCGAUAAGAGCAUUGGGGGUUGGAAUGUGAUGGACUUUACAGGUGAGAACAGCACCCAUCAGGUAGAUUGGAGUAAGCUCUGUGGAUGUGAUGAUCAGACGUGUGUACUUCGCUGCGUACCCAAGACGAUCGGUGAGGAGAUCAUCGCGGAUCUCAAUGCCGAUGUCAUGGAUGCACAAGACGGAGACAACUGA